AGGCCGGGGAGGGUGGGAGGGAGGGGUGGGAAGGAGGCGAGGAAGGGGCGGCAGCGGCUGAGUAGCCUGAGGAGGCUGAGGGAGCGGAGGCGGCGACGGUGGCGGCGAAGGAGAACACGAACACUGGGUCCAGGCAGCCGCGGCGCGCCCAGCCGGGCCGGAGGGCAUGUGACUGCCGGGCGUCGGGGGCGCUCCAUCCUUCCCACCAUCCGUCCCUCACCUCCUGGGCUCCUCCCCCGCUGACCCGGCGGUCGCUGGGCCCGGCCCGGGGGCGGCGGCGGCGGUGACCCGAGCCGGACCCGCAGCCGCGACCUCCCCUGGAUUCUGUCAACUUUCAAGAACAAAUGUGCCCUAUAACUCAUGGAAGAAAAACUACAAGUCAAGACAUCUUUGGGUUCCAAGUUGCCGAAGUAUGGAGCAAAAUCUAUAGGCAGCACCCUGCAAUCAGUGCCGAAUGGGACAGCUGUUAACUUAUCAGGGAAUUCUUCAAGUAGCAGUGGCAAAAAUUUCGUCAAGCACAAUGGCUCUAUUAAUAUGUCUUCCUAUUCCUUUAACUGGAGAAAGUCAAAUAAAUACCAACUCAAUGAGCAAAGUACUAGGGAUUCUCACUCUACCCAUAAUUCAUGUGGCAAACUAGUUGACCCUGAAAAACAUGUUAAUACUCAAGAAACAUUUGGUAAAAGUGGAUUAAAGAGGGAUUUGAAGAGUGUUUCUUUACUUACAUCAAAGAUAGCAAAGCCAUCCAAUAUGUUUGUUUCAUCUUCAGAGGAGUUAAACCAAAAGACUUUGUGUGGACUAUCUAGUUCAGGUAAAUUCACCAAAGCAUCAUUAUUAGGAAGGACUUCAUAUUCUUCACUUAGUGCUCCAAAACCACAGUUAAAUGGAUUUUAUGGAAAUAGACCAACUAUAAGUAUGCAGAGGCCUAGAGCAAACUCCUGUACCACCAGAAACAGUUCUGGAGAAAGUUUAGCACAGUCCCCAGACAACAUUAAAUCUUUUACCUGUGAAAAAAUAGUACGGUCACAGAGUUUUUCACAUUCCAUUCAAAAGUCUUUCCUUCCACUUUCAUCCAUAACUAGAUCACAUUCCUUCAACAGGGCUGCAGAUCUUGCAAGGCCUUAUCAAAACCAACAGUUGUCCAUCAGAGUGCCUCCAAGGUCAAGUAUGCAGUCAAAAAAUGUACGAUCAGAGGUUCUCAAUAGAAAUGAACAUUUAACAUUUGGAUUUAAUAGGCCCUAUGCUGCUUUUUCUGGCUCUGGUUUAAAGAAGUCGGCUUUACCAAAUGGCUCAGGGGUGACAUCUUUUGAUUAUAGGCUGGGUCGAACCUCUUUACUGAGCCCAAACAGACCACAAUUUACUGGGAAGAUUAUAGAGGAUGAUAAUAAAAAUUCAGCUGCUGACAGAUGUGUAUUGGAGGAUUCCUCAGUUUUGAGUAAUGAUGGAAUUAUUGAGAAGGAAGAAGACUCAAUAGAAAAUUAUAGUACUAGAACAGAAAGUAGCCAGGGCAUAAAUGAUAACAUGCUGGAAGAUAAUGCAAAAGUCAGAUACCUGAGUGAUGAUGUGGAUGAAAUAUCCCUUUCAUCUUUGUCUUCUUCUGAUAAGAAUGAUUUGAGUGAAGACUUUAGUGAUGAUUUUGUAGAUAUAGAAGACUCAAACAGAACUCGAGUAACCCCAGAGGAAGUCUCACUCAAAGAGGAAAAUCUUGGAAGUGUUCCACUAGUGGAUCCAUUUGAUUCUCUGAAAGAAAGUGAAAAACCUUUCAGUAAAACUGAUGAAUGGAUAGAUAUCAGUGUGCCAGUAGAAGACAAGAAUGAAUGCACCAAGCACACUUCAGGAAAUAAUCUGAUUUCUCCAGAUAUGGAUUACAGAGCUAGUUCUUCAUUUGAGCUCUCCCCAUCUGAUAGCUCGGAUGGAACAUACAUGUGGGAUGAAGAGGGUUUGGAACCCAUUGGAAGUGUCCAUCCGUGUGGAAGUUAUGAGUCUUCAGAAAUGAACAGCAUAGAUAUCCUGAACAAUCUUGACUCAUGUGACCUUGAAGAUGAUGAUCUCAUGCUUGAUGUGGACCUGCCUGAGGAUGCACCUCUCGAAAAUGUGGAGUGUGAGAAUAUGAACCGCUUUGAUGGAUCGGACAGAAAUGUUCGACAGCAUCAGGAAGGCUUUUGGAAAAGGCCGCCCCAGAGAUGGAGUGGCCAGGAACACUACCGCCUGAGCCACAGUGACAGCUAUCAUCAACAUGGGAAAACGGACCUGAGCAGAGGAUCUCCCUAUAGGGAAUCUCCUCUGAGUCAUUUUGAAAGCUACAGGGGAAGCAGUCUCUACCAGGGUCCUCGGAUGUUGGUAGACGUACCUGAACAUGCUGUGAUGCUUGAUGAAAUGACUCUUCGGCACAUGGUCCAGGACUGCACUGCUGUAAAAACCCAAUUGCUUAAGCUGAAACGUCUGCUACAUCAGAAUGAUGGGAAUGGCUCACAAGAUGUUCAGCUGUCAUUGCCGUCAAGUCCAGAACCAGAACCAGAGGUUGGGGAUCAGAUAUAUAAGAAUGAAGAUCUGUUAAAUGAGAUAAAACUUCUUAAAGAAGAAUUAAAGAAGAAGGAUGAAAAAAUCCAGCAGUUGGAGCAACAGCUCGCCACUAGGUGUAAAUGUCACCAGAAUUCUAAAGGGGAGAAGUGCACAUAUGUUGAUAAAUACACACAAACAUCCUGGAGAAGAAUUUCUGGUGGGUAUUCUGCUCCCUCCUUCUCUCCUUGGCAGGGCUCAUUCCAAGGAAGCCCUCGGACUGUACCACCGCACCGCAGACAGACCUCAAGUACUACAGCCUUCCAGCAACCUUCCCAGGCCCACCGACCACGCCCAGGGAAAGCUAAUAAAGCCACAACACAUCGAGGCCCACAGUGAAAGUCCUAUUGUGGGCUUACAUCAGGAUGUUGAACGUCUAAAUGAAAAUUUUGCAGAUGAUUUUCAACAAAAAAGUGAUUAUGGCCUCACAGAACUGCCCCAGUCAUUAAAAUCACCAUUAAUUAUGAAGGAAUUUGCUACGAAUAAACCUUCUGAAGAACACCCGAGUAUGACAGGGAAUGUUUCAAAGCCUAAUCAGUUGACUGGUAAUAAAACGAGUGAACUGGAAUCUGCACCCUCUUUCCAAGUGAGUACAGGAGAAGACCAAGCUCAGAAAGCUGUGAAAAAUCAGCCUUUGCCCACAGCUGGUACUACCCAUCCAAAGGCCUUGCAGCUUCAAAAGCCAUCAGUCGAGAAUUCUUUGGUACCUUGUCCAGGGACCAUUUCUGAAUCAUCUCACGCUAGACCAACAGCUUGCAAGACAUCAGAGUUAACAACAUGUAAUCCAGCAAAACUUCAAACGACGAGUCAGAUGAGCUUAAUAAGUAAGCUGAAUCAGAAAACUUCUAAACUUCGCCCACCUUCAGUCUCCUCUCUUAAACAGAAGCAAAUAAUAAGCAGUCCCAAACAAGACCCUCAGAACUUCCAAGGCAAGACAAACAUCCCAAGGCCACUGACACAAAGAAAAGAGAUCAUGCAACAUCAGACUGCCAAUUUCCACUCUGGGGAUUGUUUGACCUCUAAACGGUAUUCUCGUCUCCCUAAGCCAAAGAUACAUUAAGGACAUAAUCAUCACAUGCCCGUUCUUUGGAAAGAUUUGUUCAUUCUAUGAUUGUUUUCCAUACAUCUGAUUCCCAUGGUGAAGGCACUAUUAAAAAGCCUGCAAGUCUUGAUAUUAAAAUUUAGAAGCUUCGAUUAGUUUGGCUAUUCAAUUCCAUAACCUAGUUGAAGCUUACGCCAUCUGAACAUUCAUUGUCUCAGGUAAACACAGAUGUUUGCUUUUCCGUCUCAAAGGCCUGCAGAAGAAACUUCAGUUUGUUACUUCCCACAGAAAAAUUUAUGCUUUACCACUGUAUUCUACUAAAUAUUCAAGGUGUAUGGUUUGCUGACAUAGUCCUUUUUUAAUAAUUCUUAUUAAUCAUGAUUAUUUAAAAUGUGAGUCUUUUUUGUUUACCCCAACCUUUGAAUAUAACCCCUGUUUAAAAGGCUAGAGAUGUUGGUGGAAAUGCCCAUCUCUAUGCAGGUUAUUGGCUCGUACUGUAUUUCAGAGGCCUCUGUAAAAUCUCCAUGGUCAUCUAAAGAACUCAAGCUUUUUGGCAGGUUACUAAUGUAUGUUAUAUUUUUCUCUUGCAAAAAUCAACAAAUCUUUUAAUUGGCUUAUCUUCCCUGGCCUUCUCCGGGUAUCAGGCAAAUCUCCCAGGAUGGAGGGCAUCAUAUUAUGUAUAAACAUCUAUGCAUUGCUGUAACAUCUCAUCAGCAUAAUUUUUACGUUCAGCUGAUGUUGUUACUGGGUAAAUUUUGAAAAUGGAGCUGAAGAUGCAUCUAUUUGCAAAACUUGAAGAUGCUAAGAGUUUUGCUGGUGAUUGAGUCUUGAACUUAAAAGGUUAAGGAUUCAUGAUACCUGUGUUUAAGGUUCUACAUAAUAUAUUUUAAAUUAGAUCUUUUAACUUUAUUAUAAUAUUUGUAUUUAUUGACUUUCUGCUAAUAUCAGAAGACUCUGAAGUACCUGACUUGAAAUGUUUGCACAAAACUUUGAUGUAUGUAUAGGGAUUUAAAACUAUUUUGCAUAAUAAAAAUUGUGUUUGAUAAGUAAUAUUUUGAGAAAAAUCACAGAUUUGCUUUAAGCAAGCCCAUGAUAUCAUGAGAAGAGCUGGUACUCUUAAGAGCUUUGAUUUUGCUUUUCUAUGCUUUUUAGCUUUCUUCCUUGUUUAUAUGGGGGUGUGCGCAUGAGCGACAAAUUUUUUGGGAGGCGGUUAGAAACUGAGGAGGCUUGUGCAAGAACUAGAGCUGGGGAGGGAAGAGUCUUUUGCUAAAAUGUUUGACAGAUGCUCUCAGUUACUUUUUUUUCUUUUACAAGGCAGCUGUGGGACCGAGAAGUUAGUGCAUGCACAGAUCUAGUGGUGUUUGCGUGCCAUGAGGCUACAGAUUUCCUCUUGUAUUUCUCCAUUAAUGGCAUCAGUCUGGAGUAAUAUUUUCCAAGAGAGGUAACCAUUACAAAGUGCUGUGGAUGGUCAGAAACAUUGGGUCAGGCUUUUUUGUUUGUUAGUACCUGCUGACCACUAAUUAAAGGGAAUAUGUCCAGGAAAUCAGUUACAUGUAUUCCCAGUGAUUCCUUUAAUAAUAAUAUACUGGUGAGAAGUAACUAUCCCUUUGGGAAAAAAAUAGGCAAAUAUUUGUCCUUUUUUUGCUUGAAAUUAUAAAAUGCAAUUUGUCCCCAUGUUUGCUAACUCAUCUUUCAUUCUGAAUUGUCAGAAAACCAUUCACAUGCACAUUUUUGAAGGUAUAUGAGCCACAUGUGUUUAGGCCUUCCUGAUAAGAACAAAUACACACACACACACACACACACACACACACAACCCCUCAAAAAUGGUUUACCUUUGCCAUAACUUCUAACUGAGAAACAUCAGUAUUACAGCAGGUUCCUGAUAUAUCCAUUAUGGUCAUUUUAAGGUAAUCAGACCUAUCAGCAAGGCACCUUAAUGUUCAUUAAUGGAGACAGGCUCUUGGGGCUUAAAGUGUGGAAAAGAUUGGUCCUUUUCCUUUAUGAAAAUUAAAAAUACUUGUAUAGGUGCAGAUGACUUUAAAAGCAUUGAUUAGAGCAUUAGGUAGUUAAAUCUUUUAGAAUGCUUCAAAUGGUAAUCAUUGCUGAAGCCCAUUUGCAUUUGUCUUUUUGUUAUUUUCAUUUGUGCAAUAUUGUCAGGAGAAUGAGACUGCUGUUCAAUGUGUUUGAAUAGGGAUGAGAGCCUUUACUAACUAUUUUAACAAGUGAAAAAAUACAAGGAAAAAAAAAUCCGAUUUGCACUUUAAAUGAGCUUUAUUGCUUACAGUUGUGCCUAAAGUAAUCAAAAAGCCCCCUAUUGUAUGUGACUAUUUUUGUUUGUUUGAAAUAAAUCUCCCUGUAAUUGUUGCUGUUUGAAGGCAUCUGUACAGCACUGAACAAAGCUAUUAUACCACCUUGCAUGUCACUUUUUCACUAUGUUUUCUUUGUAUGUUCCUUUGUUUUCCCAUGUUUUUGACCUGAUAACAUACCAUGGAAUCUUUUUCUUUCCUCUAACUUCCACUUUCACAUACUCCCAUAGUCUAGUAUGCUACAGAUUAGAUGUAUAAUCUCAAUUUAUGAGCACAGUAGUCAUCAUUUCCUUGAUUUCAUAUUCACUGGGAAUGUACUUUAGAAUCCCUAAACACAAUUGAAAUGAGAAUCAAUAAGCCUGCACAAAUUCACAAUUUUUCAUGCUGCUAAAGGGGUUGGAUUCUUUGGGGAUGGAUACAGUGACAUGCAUGUAUGUCCCAUAAACACAUUUUGAAAUUCCUCAUGGACUUAACAUCAAUAUGAAGGGGGAUUGGAGGAAACCACGUUCUUUUUUUUUAAUUCUUAUGCUCAAAGUGCAUUUUCAAAUGAACCUUCCAUAUCGUCUCUUUCAUUUCAAUGUGGCAGCAUGAGUUUUGAUACAUUAUGGAAAGUUUAAAUUUAAAAAUAAUCUAAAUUUUGUCAUUAAACAUGCAGUAUACUUUUGAUCACUGCUGUGAUAAAGCUGCUUCACUGCCUCCUUAGAUGUCAAAUUAUCACAAUAAAAAUGCCAAAUCCAAUAACAUUCUAUUAUUUAAAGUCUUAUGUUCGAUGCUAGCUAUAAGACAAAAAUACAACCAUUAAUACUUUCAGUGUUCGUUUUUCCCUUUGUCUUUUUUUUAAAUCCAUCCAGAGUAUAUACUGUAUAUUGCAAUUUGCUUGUAAAGUAGAAAACCCUUAUGUAAAGACUCUUUCCUGAAAGUGUUGCUAUAGUGAAUAAAAAUAAAACGGAUAAUUAUAAAUAUCA